CACUCGAAGCGAGUUUUUUUGACUUUUGUGUAGGGAUUAGAAUCAUGGGGCAUGAAACGUGUUCUGUGCUGAGAGAUUUGUUUGUGUGACACGUCCCGCUAGGUGAAGGAAGAAUGCUGAGAGUCAUGCAGUGGUCGCUAUGAACGAGGUGAUAGAGAUUUUUUUAUUUAUUGCAUGUUUGGUGGUUACGAGGUGGUCGCUAUGAACGAGGUCUGGAAACUUGAGGGAGUGGAAUCUUGUUCCUAGUGAUGGGUAGGUUUGAUGUGAUCGUAGAUCGCCGCUCAGGAUAUUGCAGCAGCAAUGGCGUGUACUACAGCAAGUUGCCGCCUGUCGUUAUCCCGGAGGAUGACAGUUUGGAUCUUGUGUCAUUCGUGUUUGCUGGCCAAUUCGGCGACAAGGUGGCCCUCAUUGACCCCCUCACUGGCAGAUCGUUUACGUACAAGGAGCUUGAGCGGAACGUUCGUGCUCUGGCAGCUGGGUUGUUCACAACUGUGGGAGUGCGGCAGCACGAUGUUGUCGCGAUCCUGUCGCCGAACUCUAUAGACUUUCCGUCUGUCUUCUUAGCAAUAACAUGGCUUGGCGCAGUUGUUGCCCUUCUCAAUCCCCUCAACUCAGUGCAGGAGUUGCGCAAACAGAUGAACAAUGCAGGAGCGAAAUACAUUAUCACAACUGCAAAGUUGUUGGAGAAGGUUACGUCAGCGAAUUUACCAACAGUGAUCCUCGGGAGACUGGAAAGCGUGCCUCACGAAUUCAAAACGUUUAGCUUCUCGGAUUUAAUCACGACCAAAACAGUGGAUUUCUCAAGUCCACAGCUUAAACAAACCGACGUAGCUUCAAUUGUGUUCUCAUCUGGCACGAGCGGGAAGAGCAAGGGGGUUGCACUGACACACCGAAACUAUAUCUCCGCAGUCAGCGGGUACAACUCAUAUGCUGGCGAGAAGCUCUCGUGCACUCUGGUGAUCUUGCCAAUGUUUCACCUCUAUGGGUUCACAUGGUGUACAUUGACCUCUCUAGCUCGAGGAAUAUCGGUGGUCGUCUUAGGAAUGUUCGACACUGGAACAGCUUUUGCUGCCAUCCAGAGGUAUGGCGUGACGCACAUGCCAUCGGUGCCGCCCAUGGUGAAAGCUCUAGUAGACAAGGCCGAGGAGUCGCGAAACUUCGACUUAAGGUCGAUUAAGCAGAUUUCAUGUGGAGCAGCACCUCUGGGGUCGGAGAUCCUCGCGGCAUUCGCUGAGCGGUAUCCGAGUGUGGAAUUAAAGCAGGAAUACGGAAUGACGGAGUCAAGCUGUUGCGUUACAGCCGUGCCGGUGGGUUGCAGCGACCGUGUGGGUUCGUCCGGUUGCCUUCUCCCAAUGUGGGAGGCUAUGGUGGUCGACAUUUCUACGAACCAGCCUCUACCCCCAACAAAGAGAGGAGAGCUUCGGGUUCGCGGACCUUGUGUCAUGAAAGAAUACAUAAACAACCGUGCGGAAACCGAGGAAGCAAUCGACGAGAAAGGUUGGCUCUGCACGGGCGAUAUCGUGAAAUUUGAUGAAGAAGGGUAUCUCUUCAUUGUGGACCGACUCAAGGAGAUGAUUAAGUACAAGGGCUAUCAGGUGGCCCCUGCUGAAAUGGAAGAUCUACUUGCCUCCCAUCCAGCAGUGCUAGACUGUGCAGUUAUUCCAUGUCCAGACAAGGACUUCGGCCAAGUGCCCAUGGCAUGCAUCGUCCGGAGAAGAGAGUCUGAGACGACUGGUGACGAGAUCAUGCAGUGGGUUGCUAAUCAGGUAGCUUCUUAUAAGAAAGUGCGAAAAGUGGUGUUCACAGACUUCAUACCCAGGUCAUCAACAGGCAAGAUUCUCCGGAAAAAUCUACAACAAUUGGCGAUAUUAAAAUCAAACCUCUAGGUUUUCUACAAUAUGUGUAAGACGUGUUGGAUUUGAAGUUUGGACAAACCAACUGCAUCAAUUGUAAAAAUCUAACUUGAGACUUUCUGAAGCUGUUCAAACUAGAUAGGCUUCCAUCAAAGCUUAUCAUGUGUUCAAUA